AUGCCACCAGACACACACAUCGACGACCUUCCCGAACGCAAGACGAACGAAGAAACAAGCGCAACCCUCUCAGCCGAACUAAAAGCAAGCUGUUUCAAUCUCCUCUCCGAAAUAGACACCUACCAAUCCCUCCUGGCAUCAACACUACGCAAUCCACAGCUCGUGGAAGCGCGCCAGUUCAGAUCAAAUGUCAAUUCCGAAUUGAAGAUGCUCGAUAAAUUGGAGAGACAGAUGAAAAGUGCUACCAUUACUAGUGCUAGCGGUGAUAUGCAAGGAGAGGAAGGAGCCGAGCUCGAUUUCGAAGUAGAGAAGCGGUUAUUGCAUGCGCUGCGCUCAUCAAAUCUACCGUUUUAUCAAUCUGUUUGGGAUAUAGCCAAGGGGUCGUGUUCUGGUUUGACUGCGCUUGGGAAGCGGUUUUAUUGGGAGGAGAAGGGGCAUUCUAAAGCUCGGGAGACGACUGCAGAGAAGAAUGAUGGUGUCGGGCAAGGCGAGAAGCAGCCCAAUAAGGAUAAGCGCAAUAGUGUGUUUGUGGAUAUUGUUUCUGAUGAUGGGGCCGAAUGGGUGAAAGUGUCUACGGUCACGCAGGAUCGGCUUUUGUUUGAGAUGGCGAAGAAUUGUUGGGAGUGGGAGAAUGAUUCGGAGGAUGAGAUGGAGGGGGAGGAUACUAUGGAACAUGUGAAGGUCGAGGGUCGGAUGCUUCCGAUGACUCGGAGAACGCGCAACAUGUAUGGAGAUGACGGAGAUGAUAAGCUGGAACUUAUUCGGUUGGCGGUGGAUCUACGGAAGGCGGCUGAUUCUACACUGGUUGGGUAUAAACAUCCUCGCAUUCGCGUUGUUUUGCCCAGGAUCGAACAGGGGAAUAUUGAUGAGAUUGAUGAUAUUAUUGAGGAGAUGCGGAGUUGGGGUAUGGAUGUUGAUUGCAAGAAAAGUCUGCAGCUAACGACUCACUCUGGGUUGGAGCAUCUUCUUCCUCAUCCGUUCAAGAAGUUUACUUCUACCCUGAAUGUCGAUUGCACUCUCCUCCUUGCCAUGGUAUCUGACUUGUCGCACUUCAAAGACAUUCCGCCGGAGCCCCAUUUUCACCGAGCAAUCCUUCGACAAAUUGAGGUUGAAAAGCAAAAGCCACUGCUUCCAACGGAGCUCUGGCCCGCUAUGGGUGAUCAUAAGCUUGUUUGCACAAAAGAAGCUGCUGGGCGGAUGCGAGAAAUUGUUGAAACCAUUGGCACUGAAACAGAGAAAGCCCGCACUCAGAUCAUGAUGGGUGAUCCCCCAUAUGGGCAACUUGAUCACACUGCUAUGCUUCAAAGGUUCCAGGAACUUUCAGAUUAUGAGGUUCCCACAGAGUGGAAACUUCCCAUCAGUCUAGUUGAUGUCCAACCAACCUUUGGUUCAACUCACAAACAUGGCAACAUUCCUCCAGUGGAUCAGGAACUUGCAAACGAGCUGUCGGAUAUCAAUUACAGUGUGUUCAUGUAUGGCUGGUUCAACAAUUUGACGACAAUUUCCAGCAAUCGGACCAUCAACAAACAAAUCGAAUCCACGGUCGAAAAGCACAGGAAUGGGGAUCCUUCUUUGGAAGGCCCCAAAGUAUGGAUCUGUGACACAGCACGGAGUUUGGUGGGCAAAGACAAAGAUCGAAAAGCAUAG